AAAGAUCUGCCAUAUAAGAUUUAACUCAUCUAAAGUAAAUGGGUGAAAAUAGGGUUAAAAAACAAUAAAUAAUUAGGCAAGAACUAUAUGGGCCUAGCUAAAAGCCCAUCAAAACUUAAAAAAAGUUGUAAAAAGGCAUGACGUAACCAACCCAAAACAGCACCUGAUCAACCUCUUAAUUCCGCAUCAAGUCACAUGUCGUUUUCAGUUCUCCUUAGAUUUCCCGGGAAAAGGAAAAUAAAUAAAUAAAUGGAAAAAGUAAAAAAUAACAAAAAGACAGAACAGGUUUAUGUUUCAACGCUUAGUUAAAUCUGAAGAAGAAGAAGGAAAAAGAAAACAAGUCAAAACACUCAAUGGAAGAUCCUACCGCAAGCAAUGCGACUCCUCCGACGAAUUCUUCUCCCCAACUCAGUCCACCACCGUCGAUGAACACUCCGAUCAUCUCACUCGAGUCACGAAUCAACCGUUUGAUCAAUGCCAACCAAUCUCCAUCGCCAUCACGGUCUAUAUACUCUGAUAGAUUCAUCCCCAGUAGAUCCGGAUCCAAUUAUGCUCUCUUCGAUCUCGCUAAAGACGGGAAAGAAGACGGAGCUGGCUCUUACGCGACUCUGUUACGCGCGGCGAUGUUUGGACCCGAGACGCCGGAGAAGAGAGACAUCACUGGGUUCUCUACGUCGCGGAAUAUAUUUCGGUUUAAGACGGAGACGAAUCGGCGUUCGGAUUCGUUUUCGCCGUUUGUGUCUGAUGAUGGUCCUGGUGUUAGUCAGAGUCCGAUCAAGGCCUUGAGGAAGGUGUCGCGAUCGCCCUAUAAGGUACUAGAUGCACCGGCUUUGCAAGAUGAUUUUUAUUUAAAUCUGGUGGACUGGUCAGCGCAGAAUGUUCUUGCGGUGGGACUAGGGAACUGCGUGUAUUUGUGGAAUGCUAGUAGUAGCAAGGUUACCACGCUAUGUGAUCUAGGGGCUGAUGAUAGUGUUUGCUCAGUAGGUUGGAACUUCCGUGGAACUCAUCUGGCUGUUGGAACUAGUAACGGGAAAGUACAGAUAUGGGAUGCGUCGCGGUGCAAGAGGACAAGAACAAUGGAAGGACAUCGUCUAAGAGUUGGAGCACUGGCAUGGAGCUCAUCUGUUCUUUCAUCUGGUAGCAGAGACAAGAGUAUUCUUCAAAGAGACAUACGUUGCGAAGAAGAUCAUGUCAGUAAACUCACAGGUCACAAAUCCGAAGUAUGCGGACUCAAGUGGUCUUACGAUAACAGAGAGUUAGCAUCUGGUGGAAACGACAAUAGGCUUUUUGUAUGGAACCAACAUUCAACACAACCGGUAUUGAAAUAUAGUGAACACACAGCAGCGGUUAAAGCAAUUGCUUGGUCUCCUCAUGUUCACGGGCUUCUUGCUUCUGGUGGUGGGACUGCUGAUAGAUGCAUACGUUUUUGGAAUACAACCACAAAUACUCAUUUGAGUUCCAUAGAUACUGGCAGUCAGGUAUGCAAUCUAGCUUGGUCUAAAAAUGUAAACGAGCUGGUUAGCACGCACGGAUACUCCCAAAACCAAAUCAUAGUCUGGAAAUACCCAACCAUGUCCAAAGUUGCAACUUUAACCGGUCACACAUACCGUGUUCUGUACCUUGCGGUCUCACCUGAUGGACAGACGAUUGUAACAGGAGCAGGAGAUGAAACCUUAAGGUUCUGGAAUGUCUUCCCAUCCCCAAAAUCUCAGAACACGGAUAGUGAAAUCGGUUCAACAUUCUUUGGUAGAACAACAAUAAGGUGAAAAGAUCUUACAAAACACACAAAGACAGAUCAUGAAUUUCUAUUUCAGUUCUUCAACAUCAGCAGCCUCUUGAGUUGGUCUUCUCAACCAACGUUUUUCCUAGGGGUGGGCAAAAAAUCCGAACCGAACCGAUCGAACCGAACCGACUGAACCGAAACCGAUUUGAACCAAACCAAAGUCCAUUUCAAAUCAUUCGGUUGAAGAGUUUUCCAACCCGAAUGGUUCAGUUCAAUUCGGUUUAAACUGAACCGAACCGAUAAACCGAAGUGUUUUUAUAAUUAUUUAAAUUAAAAAUAUUAGUGAUAUCAAGAUAUUAAAAUCCUAAGACUUAGCCCAAGUAAUUUUCUUUUGCACGAAGGAAAUCCUAAUAUAAUUUGAUUUCCAUGACACUUCGUCUAACUUUUGUAAUAUUUGUCAUUAAGCCCACAUAAUUUCCAUAUUAAUUGUUAUAAAGUUAUAAACUAUAUUUGUAACU